GCGCGGCGGGGGAAGUUUCUUCGCGGGACCGCCCGGGGCGGCGGCGGAGGCGGCCGCAGACUUCCUCCUCCUCCUCCUCCUCCUCUUCGUGCUGCUCUUCGUGCUGCUGCCGCUGCCGCCCCGGCCCCUCCGCGCCAUGCCCCGGGGCUGCUGAAGGGGACACCAGGAGCGCCGGGAUGCAGAGCAUCAAGUGCGUGGUGGUGGGUGACGGGGCGGUGGGCAAGACCUGCCUGCUCAUCUGCUACACCACCAACGCCUUCCCCAAGGAGUACAUCCCCACCGUGUUCGACAACUACAGCGCCCAGAACACGGUGGACGGCAGGACUAUUAACUUAAACCUGUGGGACACGGCCGGCCAGGAGGAGUACGACCGCCUGCGGACGCUUUCCUACCCCCAGACCAACGUCUUCAUCAUCUGCUUCUCCAUCGCCAGCCCGCCCUCCUACGAGAACGUCAAGCACAAGUGGUACCCCGAGGUGUGCCACCACUGCCCCAGUGUGCCCAUCCUCCUCGUCGGCACCAAGAAGGAUCUGAGGAACAACCCCGAGACCAUGAAGCGGCUCAAGGAGCAGAACCAGGCGCCCAUCACCACCCAGCAGGGCAUCAGCCUCUCCAAGCAGAUCCGCGCUGUCAAGUACCUGGAGUGCUCGGCGCUCAACCAGGAGGGCAUCAAGGAUGUGUUCACCGAGGCCGUGAGGGCCGUGCUCAACCCUGUCCCGGCCAAGCCCAAGAAGCCCUGCGUGCUCUUGUGACGGGGCUGCCGACAGACGAUCCUGCCCCUGCCCCAGAGCCCCCACACCUCCUGUCCCACCCGCCCCAGUGCCGCCCCGAGCCUCGCAGGGGCCGGGGCCAGCCCAAGCCUCCAGCUUUAAUAACUCAGACCUG